AUGGAAACCAAGAUUGAAACCAUCGAUUCAUGCAAGCUCGCAUGCAACGGCGUGGGCAACAUCCCUUCCUUUGGGGUUUCUGCCAUCCAAAACCCGGUGGCUCCGUCUCUGGUUGCUGCUUCCGAGGCCACUCUAGGUCAUUAUCUAGCACGUCGACUCGUUGAGAUCGGUGCCACUGACAUCUUCUCCGUCCCUGGUGACUUCAACUUAAUCCUGCUCGACCACCUCAUUGCAGAGCCUGGCCUCAACCUCAUUGGCUGCUGUAACGAGCUCAAUGCUGGUUACGCUGCUGAUGGCUUUGCUCGCUGUCGUGGUAUCGGUGCCUGUGUCGUCACUUUUACUGUCGGAGGACUUAGCCUUCUCAACGCCAUAGCUGGUGCUUACAGUGAGAAUCUCCCUGUAAUUUGCAUCGUCGGAGGGCCCAAUUCAAAUGACUAUGGUGGCCUUAACAGAAUCAUCCACCAUACCAUCGGACUUCCCGACUUCAACCAAGAGCUUCGAUGCUUUCAGACUGUCACUUGCUAUCAGGCGGUGGUGAAUAACUUGGAAAACGCACAUGAAUUGAUCGAUACGGCCAUCUCAACUGCUUUGAGAGAAAGCAAACCUGUUUAUAUUAGCAUCAGCUGUAACUUAACGUCUAUUCCUCAUCCUUCCUUCAGCAGAGAACCCGUGCCGUUCUGCCUUUCUCCCCGAUUGAGUAAUCAAAUGGGUCUAGAAGCAGCUGUGGAGGCUACCGUAGAGUUCUUGAACAAGGCCGUCAAGCCAGUCAUGGUGGGUGGUCCAAAGCUCAAAGUGGCAAAGGCUUGUGAAGCCUUUGUAGAGCUUGCAGAAGCCUGUGGUUAUGCCGUUGCUGUGAUGCCAUCUGCGAAAGGGUUGGUGCCAGAGCAUCACCCUAGGUUCAUUGGAACUUACUGGGGAGCUGUAAGCACUGCUUUCUGUGCUGAAAUCGUUCAAUCUGCUGAUGCUUACAUCUUUGCCGGACCCAUUUUUAACGAUUAUAGCUCAGUGGGUUAUUCACUUCUGCUCAAGAAGGAGAAGGCAAUCAUUGUUCAGCCUGAUCGUGUAGUGAUCCCCAAUGGACCUUCAUUUGGGUGUGUUCUAAUGAAGGACUUCUUUCAAGCUCUAGCAAAGAAGCUCAAAUGCAACAAAACUGCGUAUGAGAACUACCACCGUAUCUAUGUCCCUGAUGGGCUUCCCCUUAAAUGUGAAUCCAAUGAACCCUUGAGGGUUAAUGUUCUAUUCAAGCACAUACAGGCGAUGCUAUCGAGUGACACUGCCAUGAUCGCCGAGACAGGGGAUUCGUGGUUUAACUGCCAGAAGCUGAAACUGCCGCAAGGUUGCGGGUAUGAAUUCCGAUGCUCUGCAUCUGUUUCUGUGAAACAAACUGAAAUAGAUGGGUGUUUCAGGUAUGAAUUCCAGAUGCAAUACGGAUCAAUUGGGUGGUCGGUUGGAGCAACACUAGGAUAUGCACAAGCUGCAAAGGAUAAGCGAGUCAUUGCCUGCAUUGGAGAUGGAAGCUUCCAGAUGACAGCACAAGAUGUAUCAACAAUGAUACGUUGCGCACAGAGAACCAUCAUCUUCCUGAUUAACAAUGGUGGAUACACUAUAGAGGUUGAGAUUCAUGAUGGACCAUAUAAUGUGAUUAAGAACUGGAACUACACCGCAUUGGUGGAUGCAAUCCAUAAUGGUGAAGGGAAGUGCUGGACUACUAAGGUAAGAUGUGAAGAGGAGCUUGUGGAAGCAAUAGAAACAGCCACAGGAGCGAAAAAGGAUUCUCUGUGCUUCAUUGAAGUUAUUGUUCACAAAGAUGAUACAAGCAAAGAGCUACUUGAGUGGGGAUCAAGGGUCUCUGCAGCAAAUAGCCGACCACCAAAUCCUCAGUAGAUUCCAGUCUACAGCUCUUUAAUAGUUUCCAGUCAGCAGCUUUCAUCUGAACCUAAUUCAUUUAAGAUUAUAGGCAG